UUCUAAUCGCUGUCAAAGCGCAUCAUAUGGCUGCCGCUUAAACUAACUUCUCAACUACACUAGAGAAAGUAGCUCAACUGCGCAUUCUAUUACGGUGGAUGUGAAACGGCAAGCGGAGACGAGGCAAAAUACAGGCUAAAACAAACCUGCGAAAACACCUUCCUGGAUUAUAUUACAGGUUAUUUCACUCGCUUUACUCGGAGCUCAGUCCGCCUGUUUGCACUUGUUCCACGGGACUUGAGCGCCUUCAGUGAAUGUUUUUUUUUUUCUUGUGUUGGUUGAAAAGUUAAUAAGCCGGGUGAAUGUAUAGCAUGAUGAUGGAAACGGACCUCCACUCCCCCGGCCCCCAAACGAACACGAAUUCGGGGCAAACAGGGACAAACGCCGGGAGCAAAAAUAACCAAGAGCGCGUUAAAAGACCCAUGAACGCGUUCAUGGUUUGGUCCCGGGGCCAACGACGCAAGAUGGCCCAGGAAAAUCCUAAAAUGCACAACUCUGAGAUCAGCAAAAGGCUCGGAGCCGAGUGGAAGGUGAUGUCAGAGGCAGAGAAACGGCCCUUCAUCGACGAAGCGAAGCGGUUACGAGCCAUGCACAUGAAAGAGCACCCGGAUUAUAAGUACAGACCCAGGCGAAAGACCAAAACGCUGCUCAAAAAGGACAAGUACUCUUUGGCUGGUGGGCUACUUGGUGGGGCAGGUGGCGGUGGAGGCGUGGGUCUUGGGGUCGGGAUGAAUUCGGCAGGGGUUGGACAGAGGUUGGAAAGUCCGGGGGGACACGGCGGCGGUGCCAGCGCCGGCUAUGCCCAUAUGAACGGCUGGGCAAAUGGUGCGUACUCGGGACAGGUGGCGGCCGCUGCUGCGGCAGCGGCGAUGAUGCAGGAGGCACAGCUCGCCUACAGCCAGCACCCAGGCUCCGGAGCCCAUCAUCACCAUGCCCACCACCACCACCCGCACAACCCGCAGCCCAUGCACCGCUACGACAUGACAACUCUCCAGUACAGCCCCAUCUCGAACUCCCAGAGCUACAUGAGCGCCUCUCCCUCCGGCUACGGGGGGAUCUCGUACUCUCAGCACCAGAACUCUAGUGUCGCCUCCCCGACUUCUAUCGGUACGCUGGGAUCACUGGUGAAGUCAGAGCCGAACCAGCGAAGCCUGUGUGGGGGUGAUUGUGAGAGACUCCGCUGGAAUUUGGCAGACCCGACGCUUGGAGAGCAGCCCCACGCUGAUUCCCAUUCAGCGGUCCAGCGCGCUGUGAGGUUGGGAAGUUUCACUGAGCCGUGCACUCAAUGGCUCCACAAAGCUGAUUACAAGCCUCAGCGAAUUCCUGAAGGGAGCGGGCAGCGACGCAGGUGCGAGGGGAACCCGUCAGAGAAGUGACAGAACAGGACAAGGCAGAGACCACACAAAAAACUCCUACAAGCUUUCCCGGGAAGCGGUCGGGGAUUCUGGUGGGAAAAGCGAACGAAUUAGAGGAGAAAAACACCUAGUCUUCAUGGGUCUCUCCUGCAGAGAUUGAAAAAAGAUAAAGUUACUUGAAAGGAUAUGUAAACAGUUAUUGUAGAUUUGGACACAAGGCAUUGUGUAUAUAAAACAAAUAAAAUAAA